UCUGCCGUUGGCCGGCAGCAGGGACGCGUUGCCGGCGGAGGCGGGUGUGGAGCUUGCUGAUUGGCGAGGCGGGAUGCCAUUGCCGGGCGGGAGCGGCGCUGGAAGGCGGAAGUGGAGCAUGGCGGCGGGUGCGGGCGUGCUGCGAGUGUUGCUGUUGGUGGUGGCCGGCCCGCUUCUGGCCCCCGCCGAGCUUACGGAUGGCAACAGCGAGCACCUGAAGCGGGAGCACUCGCUAAUGAAGCCGUAUCAGGGCGCAGGUUCCGCAGCGAUGCCGCUAUGGGACUUCCAGGGCAGCACCAUGGUCACCAGCCAGUACGUGCGCCUGACACCCGACGAGCGCAGCCGACAGGGCUCCAUCUGGAACCGCGUGCCCUGCUUCCUCAAGGACUGGGAGCUUCAUGUCCACUUCAAGAUCCACGGAGCCGGCAAGAAGAACCUGCACGGGGAUGGCCUGGCACUGUGGUACACACAAGAGCGCCUAGUGCCAGGUCCUGUCUUUGGCAGCAAGGACAACUUUCAUGGACUGGCUAUUUUCCUUGAUACAUAUCCCAAUGACGAAGCGACAGAGCGUGUGUUCCCCUAUAUCUCGGCGAUGGUGAACAAUGGCUCCCUGACAUACGACCACAGUAAGGAUGGGCGCUGGACGGAGCUGGCAGGGUGCACUGCUGACCUUCGGAACCAGAACCACGACACUUUCCUCGCCAUUCGGUACUCCCGGGGCCGCCUGACGGUGAUGACUGAUGUGGAAGACAAGAAUGAAUGGAAGAACUGCAUUGACAUUGCAGGAGUUCAGCUGCCAACUGGCUACUUCUUUGGUGCUUCUGCUGGCACUGGAGAUUUGUCUGACAACCAUGAUAUUAUCUCGAUGAAGCUAUUCCAGCUCAUGGUGGAGCAUCCUCUAGAAGAUGAAACAGUUGAUUGGACCAAGAUUGAGCCUAGUGUCAGCCUCCUUAAAUCACCCAAAGACAAUGUGGAUGACCCAACAGGUAAUUUCCGAAGCGGGCCCCUGACAGGCUGGAAAGUGUUCCUGCUCCUGCUGUGUGCGCUGCUGGGCAUCAUCGUCUGCGCUGUGGUGGGAGCUGUGGUCUUCCAGAAACGCCAGGAGCGGAACAAGCGUUUCUACUAGAUGGAGACCUGGGCUGUGGCUUGUGCCCAAACCCAUCUUUUCUAUGGGAGAGCUAUAAAAACUGUGGUUUCUAAAAGCUGUUUCUGAGAAAUAUCAGAAGUAUUUUCUUACCUGUCUGUGUGGCUGUAACCCCUGCCUGGCCCUUGGUGUCUGGUGAGUUGAACCAAGGGAGACAAUGGCCACUGGGCCCCCCACCAUGCUGCAAUGCAGGAGCAUAUGGAUCCUGCUCCCUUGUUUUACCAUUGCUGUCCCUGCCAGAUGGAACCUGCCACGCUGACUGUGGUUGGGAGCAAGUGGCAGCCGUGGAUGUGAAUGUGAAGGUGCUGUGGGGCGGGGGCUGUGAGCCGGGCAUUAAAGGACUGACAACA